UGUCCAAUAUUUGAUCUAUUUCAUUGAAUGUUUAUUUAUCAUCUAUUUCUCUAGUCCGAAUUGUCUGAUUAUGAAGACUAAAGAGCUUUAUAGUUAGUAAUUUGCAUAACAUAUUGGCCAUACUCUAUAGACCCUAAUAAAUAACGUCAAAAUAUGUUAAUAUAUUAUUAUCUAGGCUUUCGUGGUAAUCAUUUACGUCCGAGAUGGUAUUUAUGAUAAAUGAAAUGAUAAUGUUAUUGCCCUAUUAGUAAUUUGUGCGUCCUAUUAUUGCCUAAAAUUGUUUUCAAGUUGUUUUUUUAAAUAACUAUAUUAAUGUAAAUUUAGUUAACUUACCAGCAUAGGACAUAGCACGAUGCACCGUAUUUACUAGAUUUUUAUCUUGAUUUUUUCACGACGUAUUUGAAAAAUGUAUAAAUAACAAUUUUUAAAAAUAUUUUUAUUUUUCGGUGCCUACUUGAAAUGCAAUAAUAUUUUUGUUUACUAAUUCCAUGUUUAACCUUUUUGACCUUAUUUUGUUUACUUGAAAAUCAUAAAUCGUGUAUGCCCAUGUCCUAUAUAAAUGUAAAUUUCAGUUGAGAACUAAGUAGUGUUCAAAUGCAAUUAUUGUUAACUGUUUUCAUUUGUCACACAAAUAGUCUACAUUCAUCCUUAUAAAUAUGACAAUUAAUAAAUUUGAUUAUUUAUACAGAAAAUUGCUGCUUACUAAAUACUUUGUGAAUGGUUGGGGUGAUCCAGAAAAACUUAAAAGUUUGUUUCAGUUUAGAAAUAAUAUUAUUGAUCGAGACUCCUGUUUCAAACUUGUAUCGGCCGAUUAUCCUGUACAAAUUGUUAAAAAAAAAGAAGAUUCUGAUUCAAUAACAUUAGAAGGAGUAUUUCAAUCACCUUUUUCUUAUUAUCUUCCAGAUAUAGUGCCAAAAGAGAGUCACCUUGCUCAUUUCCAAGUUUUAUUACCAAAAAAAUGGCCCUCCAAAAAUGUAAGACCUAUGUGUGUACACAUGGCUGGCACAGGAGAUCAACAUUAUUGGAGAAGACGAGCUAUGUUAGCAAACCCACUUUUAAAAGAAGCAGCUAUUGGAUCAAUCAUAUUAGAAAAUCCUUUCUAUGGAAAAAGAAAACCAAAAAAUCAAGUUAGGUCUAUUUUAUGCAAUGUUUCCGAUAUUUUUGUAAUGGGAGGUUGCUUAAUAUUGGAAUCUCUUGUAUUAUUUCAUUGGUGUGAACGUGAGGGAUUUGGACCAAUCGGCGUCACUGGUUUAUCUAUGGGCGGACAUAUGGCAUCACUAGCUGCUGCAAGUUGGCCUAAGCCAAUUGUUCUUGUUCCUUGUUUAUCUGGUACAACAGCUUCGGGAGUAUUUACGGAGGGUGCUAUAAGCUGUGCUAUUGAUUGGAAUUUACUUGAAAAACAAUAUAAAUCGAAUUCUGUAUAUAAAAAUGAAGUUGUGAACAUUGAUAAUGAAGUCAACAAGUUGAAUAUAAAAUUUAAUGCUGGUAAACAAUUUAUUAAAGAUAUGAAUAUUGAUUCACAUUUUAACAUCCAGUCAAAUUUAAUGUUUGAUGAUUCAAAAAGUGAUAAGAGUUCAUUAAAUACAAGUCAAUCUCAACAGUUAAAUAAAUUUAAAUUAACCAAUGCAUUUGAUAAUUUGGAUGAUCCAUCAAUCGAAGAAAACAAUGAACUACAAAUUAAAAAAGACUUAAAACAAACAAGGCACAUGAUGAGAUUUUUCAAUAAACAUUCAAAAAGUGAAGAUUUAAAUUUAGAAGCAUUGAGUUUUAUGAAAGGUAUUAUGGAUGAAUGUACUCAUUUAAAAAAUUUCAAAUCUCCUGUUGAUAUGGAUAUAGUAAUAGCAGUUUGUGCAAAACGUGAUGGUUAUGUGCCUCAACAUACUAUGGAUAAAUUAGAAGAUAUUUGGCCUGGUGCAGAGGUCAGAUAUGUCGACACUGGGCAUGUAGCUGCUUUUAUACUUCACCGAAAUACAUUCAAAACUGCAAUAAUUGAAGCAUUUCAACGAGCUCAAAAGAAAUAUUAUGAUAAACCUUUAUGAUUGUGUUAUAACUCAGAGUUUAAACACUGAAUUGGAGUGUUUCAUUUAAUAUAAGACACUUAUUGUGUUAUUUAGGUCAUGAGUGGUUUGCUCUAAACAAAUCCCCCCAAACGACACUAUUUUUAUGAAUAUGUAUAGUAUUUUUGUAUUAUAAUAUUAAAUUUGUUUGUA